CACACCUCAACACAUAUUUUAUUACUUCAUGCAGGGCCAGAUGGAAGACAUGACUAGGACUUUACCGAAUUUGAUUCCCAAAAGGUUUGUCUCUUCCAUUGCCCGUGCCCAAACUCUAAACUUCGAACCAUCCCAAACGCAAGAUUUUGAUCGUGACACGGUGGAAUGAAGAUGAGCACUUGUAGAAUGUAAAUUGUCAAAAUCGAUGCUCAACAGAGCCUCAGAUGACGAUCAAAUAGCCGCGCCAGUCUGAAAACAAAUGGAAACUUUCGCCUCUGGCGUGGCCUGAUGCUGAUCUCUUGAAGGCUGUUGCUCUCGAAACAGAUGAUACUCGUGAGCUGAUUCUUGCACAUGGGGCAGAUGGCCUUGAUCUUCACCCACGUCACGAGGCAAUCGAAGCAGAAGACGUGGUCACAAGCGUGGAGAAAGGCUCUUCUCUCCUUGACUUUCUCUAGGCAGAUCGGACAUUCUUCGAAGGAAGUUCCUUCCACAGCUCCGCCACACGCUGACAUCGAUGCCUCUGAAGCCAUGCCUCCUCGCUUGUCUUGUCUUCUCCUCUCAAGUGCAGCUCCCGGAGUGAGUGACCUUCAUGACGUCGAAGAAGAGAGUCGUCGUGCCACCAUCCCUUCCUGCUCCGGUGAGCAAGAGAAGUGAAGUCUGCAGGCGAAGCGCAGAGGCGAGAUUCGGCUCCACUGCACUGGAAUGGGCGGAGCAGGGAGGCUCGAGCUGGCUCUACUCCGUUCAGGCAGAGAGACCGUUUCAUGCUCGCCGGUGCUUCGUUGCCGAGAUGCGCUGCAUUCAAAUCGCAUUGGCUCGAGGUCCAUUCGCAGGAAUUUGAUUUCUCAAAGGUACGUUGCCGAGUUUGAAGACCAGCGCACGAGAAGUGUCAGCUCGGCUCUUCGCCCGCUGCCGACGACAGAGCCAGCUCGAGGUGACACGCCCUCGCUUUCUGCUUUGUUGAGAGAGAGACUGGAUCGUGAAUUCUCCAUAGGCCGAAGAAGUUAAUCUGAUACGUAUCUGCAGUUGCGUAGAGUUCACCUCGAGCGAUCCAUUCGCGCGUUUGAGCUUCUGAGACAGGCUGCAGAAACUGUCCAAAUCUUCGUGUGGCAUGGGGCCCGUGGACUACCGACGGGUCGGGCUCCAGUUUGCAUGAACUGGAGAAAAUUGUCAUUUUGCAAAGACUUGAAGGCACUCUUCUGCAUCUGCAGCUUUUAGCUUUUAGAGCCUGACGGAAGCUUACCCUCCGAAGCUGCCGUAGCACAACAGAGCGUGUCGAGGUUGGCAGCUUGUGACCUGAUGGUUUAUACUCUGCCCCGUUAUGAUCAUGCUGCCGAGCUUCCGUUCUACAGCAAGGUAUCGAAAUUCACGUCUUUCGUGCUCUGCACUCUAAUUUCUCGUGCAAUUGCCGCCAAAUCUAGAAACUUUUUCAGUGGUUGCGAAUCCGGCGAAGCCUUGGGACUUGCAAGUGACGGUGCUUGAGUGGACUCCCUUCCCUCACUCGCCUUCCCUUCUCGUCGUCUAUGGCACGGUGCAUCAUCCUUGAGAUCGAGAAACUUGAUCGAGCACUUCGCAAGGAGACCUUAGAAUUCGACGGAGAUUAUCCCCACGGCCUCAGCCUUCCUCACAGGUUCUAACUCCGAGGCUCUUCUGCAUGACUGUGAUCUCACCUAACCACGAUGCAGUUGUUGUCACCCAUAUCUCGAGGUGUUUCCUACUCCCACGAGCAUGAGCGCAUGCGUUGCCCACCCUUUUCUCAAAGGAUAUGAUAAUAUUUUGCAUUCAGACUCAUCGACGAGAGAGGGGAGUAGCAGCCAAGUGGAUAGCAGAAAGAAAAAAGAUGGCGGGGAGUACGAGAGCAUGUGUUUGCUAAGAGAUUACUGAUUUGAGGACAACGCUUGAAUCCUUUGGAAUGUUUGAAGGAUUGACUGUGACAUAACUCACACUUGCAGGGCCUCAGUAUAUGGCAGCCAACAACGUUGUUUUCUAAGAAGAGAACAUCGCCGGAAAGAUUGUCAGUAAAGAAUACACUUCUUUACUGACAGGAGACAGAGUAUUGUACCAUAGCUCUAGAAACACUAGCCAUGACCGAAGGUAAAGACAGAGUUGGUCAAAAUGAAUCUCUUGGUAUAUGAAGCAACGAUGUUUGUUCGAUAAUGGAUCUGCAAGGUCCGGAGGCUCGGGUGAAUCCACAGUUGUUUGUAAGAGAAUGAUUGAAACUUGCGUCAGUGAGAGUGGAUGUGUAGAUUUUUUGCGUGCUUUAUUUUACUCUAAUGCUCCAAAGGUACUAAAAGAGAAGGAUAUGUAAAGAGUAACACAUGUAUAUAGUAGGUUUAGUAAGAAUAUUUUUACGGAAUGUUAAAACGACCACAUACAGCGAAUAUGUAAAAAAUUGACAUAUUGAG